UUACGGUGAUAUUAUAUGGCGUAGUGAGACCUGCAUUAGUGUUUAAGGGCUUACAGUAAACUUUUAUAUAAAUAUAGAUAAACUAUUUUGUUAAUUGUUUACAUUUAAACAUUAGUUGCGGUAUACCUUAAAAAUCUGUGUUUCAUUGUUUUAUAUUGAAUUUUUUAUGGCAUAUUGGUGAAACAAAUUAAACUUUCUGCAGACGGAUAUGAUAACCGGCUAAAUCGAAAUAAUUCGGAUGGAUAACAACGAACUAAAAAAUCCAGCGGAUUUAUUCGCUACAGAGCCACCGAUGUUUGUCAAGGGUUUCUGCCACGAUUUAGACGGAUUUGGCCAAGACACGGGUCAGUCAGUGAUGGGUGAUAUUCGGAAACCGGGUCAUAUUUUUGCGUCUGGUUCUAAUGCGGAUGACGAUGAAGUCACUUCGAAGUUAAAUGCUUCACACGGACCUUAUAUUGAUAAACGAAAGGGCGACUUUCUUAUGUUGGAUAUUUUAAACAAAAGCAACCAGAACAAUUGCGGAUGCGACGACGAUUCCAACGCCGGUGAGACGGACACGGAAAUGGAGAGUUUUGGACAAUAUUAUGAGGAUAAUGAAAUCAGUGGUAAAAUCAAAGAAAGAAAACCAAAGAGCGAGAAAGUAGUCCGCCUGAAUAUUAAUGCGCGUGAGAGGCGCCGGAUGCACGAUCUGAACGACGCUUUGGAUGAGCUGCGUUCUGUCAUACCGUACGCCCAUAGUCCCUCGGUACGGAAGCUAUCGAAGAUAGCAACCCUUUUACUGGCAAAGAAUUACAUAAUGAUGCAAGCGAACGCAUUGGACGAGAUGCGUAGAGUUAUUGGCUAUAUGAACGCUUCAAUGCCGGCUGUGACGCCAUCUAGCGCAAGCUUCGACUCUUUUACGGCGUUCAGACGUUACCCGGUCGAGCUCACGGAAGUGGAUGCAUACGACGAGGUGUUUAGCUCUCACCAACGUCGUGGGGACCGUGAUGCAUCGGGAGGUAGCAAGAAAACUGCUGAUGGCGGACAGACACCUGACCAUUUGAUGUCCGGGUCACAGUUGCCAAGUGCAACUCUGUAUCGUAAAUAGAGUGCUGUCUUUUGGUGCAAUGCGGGGGAACAAACUUGGUUAAUUCAUUAGUUCGAUAUGUUCACACGAGACAGAAUUCAACCAUUGACAGUGAACUUGUUCGUCCAGUUCAUAGUCUCCUAAUGUAUAUUGUCAAGUAUAAAAUAAACUUGGAACUUGCAUUAAACGCUUUUACUUAAUGCUUAGGGAUAAAUUAUGGAAAUGUAUUCAUUUGGAGGAUUAUGCCGUAAUACAUAAAUAUUUAAAAUGCAGUAACCUCUUAAUAAAUUAAUACUAAACAAUAUUCGUCAAUAAAGUAAUUAUAUAUCAAACCUAUUAAGUAUAGUUAAUUAAUUUUCUGAUUUAUUUAGCCUUCAUAGGCCAAACUACAAGCGAGUUUUUCCCCAGCGUGAAAAAACUUCACGUAUUUACACCAAAAGCAAACCAAUUUCAUUUAUUAUGUAUAUUUGUAUGAAAAUUCGAUUGAAAGAAUGAUUUAAUUGUUUGCAUCAGUGUUUUUAAUUUUAUUUCGCAGGUUUAUUUUUUAUUAUACACAAAAAUAGUUCCCUUUGCUUCUAUUUUUUUUUAAACGCGUGAGCGGCAGUUGAGUUUCAAUGACAUUAAUUUGAACUAUUUAAUGCCGAUUGUGCAAUA